AAACCAGCAUUCUUUUAAGAGUAGUUCUCUUUUUCCCUUUUUUUUAUUCGUUUCAUUCCCAGUCAAGAAAACAGCUUCUUUCUUUCUCUCCCUUCCAUUCCACACCUUCACUAUUGGUUUCAUUCCCCAUUCUUUCACAUCUCAUGACCACCACACCCGAAGCAUUGCCAGCCUCCUCUGCAAUGGCUCCCUCAUUCACUCAAGCCAUCCCACCGCCUAGUCCAUUGGCCCCGUUUCCAGCUUCUGUGUCAAGCAGUCUAGUAACAAACACUGUCGGGGAAGAAGUGUCAACGCUGUUUAUAGUGGGGUUUCCAGAGGAUAUGCAGGAACGUGAGUUCCAGAAUAUGUUUAUUUUCUCACCUGGUUUCGAGGCUGCCACUCUCAAGGUACCUGCCAAAGAUAUGGAAGAAGACGUCAACUAUCAGGCCAAGAAACAGACGAUUGGGUUUGCCAAGUUUCGUACUCGGUCGGAAGCACUUGAGGCGCGCGAUGUAUUGAAUGGACGCAAGGUUGACGCUGAAAAAGGAUCCCUUCUUAAGGCUGAAAUGGCUAAAAAGAAUCUUCACACCAAACGAGGAUUAUCCAAUGAGCUUCAGGUCAUUGUUCCCCUAACACCUAAACGGUUCCUUCCUUCGUCUCAGACUGCAUUUGAAGCGUUUUAUUCGGUUCCUAUUAAUGUUAUAUGGCCCGAUCCCAGCCUCGUCAUCGGCUCGACUGUCAUCCCACUUAUACCCCAACCGCCGCUAUUCAAGACACACCGGGCUUCCUUUCGUCCUCCGAUGCCAGACACACCCAAUCGCUUUGCUAUCAAAGCUUCCCGAUUCAAUUUGGGUAACAUAGCAGAUCAAAACCCGCCUUGCAAUACACUUUAUGUUGGCAACCUUCCAGCCAAUACUGAUGAAGAGGAACUCAAAGCAAUGUUUGCCAGUUGUACUGGAUAUAAAAGACUGUCUUUCCGUAACAAACCACAAGGGCCAAUGUGUUUUGUUGAGUUUGAACAGGUUGUGUACGCCACCAAUGCACUCCAAACUCUUCAUGGAAACACUCUUUCCAAUUCAGUCAAAGGAGGCAUUCGACUUUCUUAUAGCAAGAACCCACUGGGAGUACGCCAACAAGGCCAAAUGAGUCCGACGGCUAUUGUGCAGCCUCGCCCCAGUCUUCCAUUUGAUCCUCAGUUGGCGUCUCACUUGGCAAAUUCCCAUGCGUAAAAAAAAAGAGAGAGAAAAAACCAAAAAAAAAACCAAAAAAAAAAGAAGUUUAUCAUUCAAAUUCAUUCUGUAAUCCCAACCCAUUCAAAUUCCAUCAAAUAAGUAUAAAAGACAGGUGUAACGAGCAUUUCAUAGGAUCUGAUAGGUGGUCAAGAACAUCUUCUUUUCUGUCAAAGGGUCCGGCCCUUUACGGACAAAUAAAAACUCCGUCACUGCCUAUUUGAAGCCG